AUGGCCCUGGCAAACGCAGUAAUAACACUAGCCUUCCUUGACACCAUCUUAGGCGGCCAAACUAUUAUUAAUCUUCGCAAUAUUCUACUUGCUCUCAUGGUCGCUGGCAUUACGGGCGGGUUCUCGUUUGCCCUCCUUGUCCCUCUUAUUGUCUCUGCUGCUGGGGCGAUUGGCAGCGGUUUAAACUACUAUAUCUACUUCGCCGACUUUCCGAUCCUUAAUAUGGCCAUCGCUGCCCCGUUCGCGGAUGUCGCUUGGCUGAUUGGAGAAGCCGGACUUAAUUUCUAUAGCUAUGCGAUCCUCAUCAAUAUCCUCCGUGGCAGCGAGCGCAUAUUCUUCAUGGCGCUUUUCUGGUCAAUGUUGUUUAUUAUCGCCUCCAUCCGGGCCACCAUCCUCGUUUUCCGCGUGCUCUGGAUCCUCGAUAACGAUACCUCUCUUGUUAUAGGACUAACCAUCGGCUAUCUGCACAUAGGGUUGUUUGCAACCAUCGCGCUAGUUGAAUGUGUAAGCGCUGGAUUCCUGCUAAAAAUAUUCCGCCUUAGACUCCAGGCGCCGACGUUUAGCGCUAGGCUGUUGCGCUACCUCGCUCGAAGCACCGAGAUCCGCCUCGCCACGCUUGCGCCUAUCGGCAUCAUGCGCAGCAUCACCUUCCCAUUACACUUCCUGGAGCCAGAGGCAAAGGUAGCUCGCCAGCUAGACAACUUUGCCAUCACAAUGCUAUGUGUAUUCCCAAUCGUACUAUUGCCUUAG